AUGCAGCGCAAAGCCUGCGAUCAAUGCCACACCCGGAGGAAAAGAUGUCUCACGCCCCCAGCAUCUUCCGCAUGCACACGAUGCGAGAAAGCAUCUCUCACCUGCACCACCAGCCGCCAACAACCGCGCGUAGGACGCCCGCCAAAAGAAGACCGCGGGCUUCCAGGUGCCGCGAAAGCAUCACUGGGGCUGUGGGACUGCACUACUGUAUCAAAGCCGAGCGAGAUACCCGCGGCCUCAGCCAACCCGCAGCCCCAGCCCGAUGACCACCUCGAGUUCUAUCUCCAGCAUGACAUCUACAUGAUCGGAUCCACAUUCGCUAGUGACUUUCAUCGCGCCCUGGAGUACUGCCACAGCCACUCUGCACCGCUGCUAGAUGACAUCUUCCACGCCUGCAGCAGCUCGCUAUCAUGGGCCCGGUUUGGCGUGCUGAGCGCUGACCAGGUCGAUGUAGCGAGCGGUGCAGCUUCGGUUGAGAAGCUUCGGAAUGCAGUCAUAACGCAUACCCAUGACGCUGCUGCGGUUCUUAUGCUCGGACAGGCACUCGCUGCAUUUGAUAGUCUGGUUGCGUCGACAGCGACGAUAUCGAUCCUCCGGUAUACGCUUUCGCUGGUGCAGCCUUGGUAUCCGGAUAUAUUGGGCAAUAGGAUCCUUGAGUCCGUUGCUAUUGCGCCCAUCUUUUGGGAUACGGUGUGGUGUUUGCUACAUCGUGAGAUUCCUAUUGUGAAGCCCGUUCUUGCGCGGGAGGGGAUUGUUGAUAGAGUCGUCGGCCUCUGUGCUUCCCUCCUCCCGAUCCUCUAUGACCUCAGCGUUGUCAGUCACAGUCUGGCCAACUCAUCUAUCUCAGAGUCCGAAUCCGUGUCUCAAUGCGAAACACUCAGCAUAAUCGAGAACAGAAUCCGCACCUGGGACCCUGAACCCAUAUUAUCAACCUCCUCCCCUUCCACCAAUACGCACUACACCCCCCUCGAAACCCUCUCCAUGAAAACCCAAGCAUCCAUGUACCGCACCGCCAUCCUCCUCCUAAUCCACCACAUCCGCACGUCCUCGCCGUCUCCAUCCCCAAAGCAUGAGUACGACACCGACACCGAAUACGGCCCAACCCUCGCAACCGAAAUCCUCAGCACACGAGCAAACUUCUUCGCCCUCGCCGGCCCCACCGCAAAACUCCAAAACACGUGCUUCCCGCUCAUCCUCGCCAUGCUGACGAUUCCCGGGAUCCCAACGGAGGGGGUGUGGGAAAGUUCGACGCGGCUGCAGAAUAGACCGGCCUGUGUGGAGAAGUUAUCUGCGUUUGGGGAGUAUUUUUGGAUGAGGAGGAGGGUUGAGGAGAGAGAAAAGAAGAAGAAGAAGAGUACUCUUUUUGAGAUUGUGUGUGACGAGUCUGGGCCUGGGUUUGUGCCGCUUAUGUAG